CUCUUUUCGGAGAUCCGAUAACGAUAUUAUAAUUCGGCAGCGUUUUAUCAAGUGGGUAGUUUCCCUUCCGCAAAUAUGGCUUCCAAUAACAAAGAAAAUAUAUCGCCAGAAGAAAUCGAUCAGUUUAAAGUGCCUCAAUUGAAAGAAUUUUUGAGACUUCACAAUCAAAAUGUUGGUGGAAAUUCGAAAGAAUUGAAAGCAAGAGCCAAGGGCGUCUUAGCGCUUCGGUUACCUGAUUCUAAUCAGUUGAAAUUAAACGACAGCCUAGCUCGUAAACAAAGGAAUUUGUCCAAGUUUAUUUCGCCGUUAGGGGAAAAAUUACCCUGUCCAAAAACAUUGAAAAGUGGUUGGUCAAAGGAUGUUUCUAACAUUCCAGACUUGACUGAAAAGGAUAUAUAUAAUUAUUUGGUAUACAAUUCGAAUAGGACUAUAGAUGGUGAACUUAUGGGAGCCAAAAAACAACUGAAAGCAAGAGUUUUUUAUGAGGACAACCAUGUUCACAGUGUUGAAUUCAAUGAAAUUAACUGUCAAUUUAGUCAUGGCUAUGUAAAGUGCAAAGUUAUUCCCUCGAUGCCAUCAGCAAACCAAUCUAAAGACCCAGAUUAUGAUACAUGGAUUUGUCUAUCAAAGGCGACAAGCCAGAUUCAUUCAGCAGAAUGUACAUGUCCAGCCGGUGAAGGUGAAGCAUGCAAUCAUAUUGCAGCCUUAUUGUGGUGCCUGGUGGAUGUUACUAUUAAGAAAGCUGAUGGGACGCUUGCCUCAACAUCAUCUCAAUGUAAGUGGAACCAGCCAAGGAAACGUAAAUUGUCUCCAAAGAAGGCAGAGGACAUCCAUUUCCGAAAGGUCAUGAAGUCCGCAACCUCAAAGAUGACAAACUAUAACCACUUUUCACCAGCAUCUGGUAAAAAUAAAGCUAAUAUUGACAGUGAAAAAUUCAGACUAAAUAUGUUAUCCGUUCUACCAAAUGCUGGGUUCCAUAAAAUGUUCCCAAAGCCACCCGUUUCAGAGGAAAUUAAAGCCCAAUGUUGCUUGCCAGAACCCAUGUUGUGUUUUCAACCCAAUGUUGACAUUGAGAGUGAUUUGUUUCAAGAACAUAUAAUUGAAUAUGAGAAGACUUUGGUCUUUGACCCUAUAAGGGUAGAAGAGUUGACUAGAGGUCAAAGGAACAAUGAUGCUUGGGAACUUGCUAGGAAAGGGCGCCUCACUGCAUCAAACUUUGGAACAAUAGUAAACUGUAAUAAAGUGACUUCUGUUGUGAAAUCAAUAAUGGGGUACUACAAGUUUGCCUCAACAGAUGCAUUGGAGUGGGGCAAAAAGAAGGAAAAGGUUGCACUGGCAUUGUACACCAAAGAAAUGAAAAAAAUAUACAGUAAUGUCAGUGUAACAGAGUCUGGAUUGUUGAUCCAUCCAAAGUACACAUACAUUGGUGCUAGUCCGGAUGGUGUUGUUACAUUAGGUGAGGAAACUGGCCUUGUGGAAAUUAAGUGUCCUUUUAAGUUUAGACAUUCCACACCAGAACAAGCUGCUGAAAAUAAGACUUUCUUUUGUAAAAAAAAUAGUGAUGGGUCACUUUCUUUGAAGCCAGAACAUAAAUAUUUCUCCCAAGUUCAAGGUCAAAUGGCUUUGAAAGGAUGCGAGUGGUGUGAUUUUGUGGUAUGGACCACAAAAGGUAUGUCAAUUGAAAGGAUUUAUUUUAACAUUGACCUUUGGAAUUCAACACUUUCAUGCCUUGUGAAGUUUUUUCAUGAUAUUAUUAUUCCAGAAGUGUUCACAAGAAAAAUAAAGAAAAGUAUGUGAACACUUCUGGAAUAAUAAUAUCAUGAAAGAACUUCACAAGGCAUGAAAGUGUUGAAUUUCAAUUGACAUACCUUUUAUGGUCCAUACUGAUCUGAGACAAUGUGAAACUGUUCAAUGUUCUAUGUCAAUAAAACCUACUAAUAUAUCAUAUGGAUUUGGAUAUAAUUAAAAAAUUGAUCAUUUUAUGACUGAAAAUGAAAUCAAAAUAGUGG